CCAAACAGAGAUAUGGGAAUUUUCACAAUGGUCUCAACACUACUCUGCCACCCGUUUUUCUUCCUCUGUCUUAAAACUGCCUUUUCAUCCUCUACACAUGCUUCUUCCUUCUCAACAACACACCUCUGCUCUCAUGAGGAGGCUGCUGCUUUGUUGCAAUUCAAGACUUCCUUUUCCAUCAACGACACUCUUUCUAAUGCUUUGUUAUGUCAUGCUAAGACUGAGUAUUGGAGCGAAAGUAUAGACUGCUGCUCCUGGGUUGGGGUUAGCUGUGAUAAUGUCACAGGUCAUGUAAUUGCCCUUGAUCUCAGCUCCGCUUGCCUUUCUUGCGCCUUUCCUUCGAACAGCACUCUUUUUAACAAUCUUAGUGGACAAAUCCUACCAUCACUUGCAAACCUCACCCAACUUACCUCUCUUGACCUCUCCUAUAAUCAGUUUUCUGGUCCAAUUCCAGCUUCCAUAGGUAACUUAAGGCAACUUACUAACCUAUACCUCAUUUCUAACAAUCUCAGCGGACAAAUCCCAUCAUCACUUGCAAACCUCACCCAACUUACCUCUCUUGACCUUUCCUAUAAUCAGUUUUCUGGUCCCAUUCCAGCUUCCAUAGGUAACUUAAGGCAACUUACUUUCCUAGCCCUCUAUUCUAGCCAUCUCAGUGGACAAAUCCCAUCAUCCCUUGCAAACUUCACCCAACUUAGUGAACUUGACCUUUCAAAUAAUCAGUUUUCUGGUCCCAUUCCAGCUUCCAUAGGUAACUUAAGGCAACUUGCUUUGCUAGCCCUCCAUUCUAACAAUUUUAGCGGACGAAUCCCAACAUCACUUGCAAACCUCACCCAACUUAUCUCUCUUGACCUUUCCAAUAAUCAGUUUUCUGGUCCCAUUCCAGCUUCCAUAGGCCUGGGUUUGGAGUCUCUGAAGAUUUUGCUGAAGUGGGGGGUCUUUCUUGGGGCAAUGUUUUGUGGUUUUUUGGUUUUCUGGUGCAAGAGGUUGCUUGCGGUGGAGGAAGUGGUGAAUGCAAGGUACGGAGUGAUUGAGCAGUGGGUAUUGUUGUCGAGGAAUGCGUGGCCUAAGGUUUCUAUGGUUUGUAAGAUUUUCAAAGACCAAGGUGUGAUUCUGACCGCACUUUAGGUCUAUCUGCAUUAUUCUCAAUGGCAGAGACUUCUAUAACUACACUUGUGGCCAUGGAACGUUUGCUUUCUUUGUUUGAUGAUUGAUGAUUCUUCAUUAUUAAUGUUGUCUUGUUUGGUUUAGAUGAUGCUGGUUUCUACUGUGUUUAUAUGCUUCAUAUUAACUUAUAGAAGAACAGAAUUUUUUUUUUUUUGUUUGAAUAUCACCAAGCCGUCAAGAAACUUUGAUCUCAUUGGUGAUUCGAUGCUAAAUUGUGUCAGGUUUGUGAGCUGAAUUGUUGGUUAGUGUUUUUUCCCUGU